ACUCUACUUCUUAAAGAUUGUAAACAAAGAGUUAACGCUUGACGAGAUAAUUGCUCUCUUUCAGAAUCGCGUGUUGUUCAAGUUUAAUCAUGAAAAUCUGUUACAUAACCUUUAUUAUAAUUCUAUACUUCAAAUUGUCAUUUGACGUUAGAUAUGUUGCUGCACGUAAUAGUGUUAUAAUAGAUACGGAUCCAGGUAGCGAUGAUGCACUAGCAAUAUUAUUAGCACUUGCACAUGAAAAAUCUAGUAACGGGGACUUUAAAGUUUUAGCAAUAACAUGUACAUAUGGUAAUACGUAUUUAGAAAAUGUAGAAAUAAAUGUUCUCAAAAUUUUAGAAAUAGCUAAUAGAAGCGACAUACCUGUUUAUAGCGGAAGUAAAAAAUCUCUAAUGUAUAAUUAUACUACAACAAAUUAUUUUGGUAAAGAUGGUUUAGGAGAUUUUCAAUUUGACAAGAAUAUUACAGGUAAAAUAAACAGAACAAAGCAUGCAUCUAUGGCGAUAAUAGAUAUGGUAAAGCAAUAUCCAGAUGAAAUUACUAUUAUAUGUUUAGGCCCUUUAACUAAUUUAGCUACAGCUAUUAUUAUGGAACCAAAUUUGCAAGAUUACGUUAGAAAUAUAUUCAUAAUGGGUGGAAGUGCAACAGGAGUUGGUAAUUUUAUGCCCAACGUAGAAUUUAAUUUUUUCAAUGAUCCAGAAAGUAAUUUUAUAGCAAUAAAUUCUACUACAAGAACACCAGCUGUACUUCUUCCUUGGGAAGUAUGCGUCAAUCAUGAAAUAUCAUUGAAUUGGCGUAAGAAUGUUUUUGGAAAAUUAAAUUCUACUACGGUAGAUUUUUUCAACAAAGCAGAAAGAAUUGCCCUACAGUCUAUGAGUAAUUGGUGUCCGACAGAUGCAAUUGCUAUGGCUGCUGUGAUAUGGCCUGGUUUUAUAAUAAAAUCAACUUUAAAAAAUGUAUAUCCUGUAGUCGAUGGUACAGCUCGUGGUUCUAUUCUUGUGGAUUAUAUAGAAUCUACUGGUAGAUUAAAGAAUACCAAAAUAAUUCAGGAAUACGAUAUAUCGAUGUUCCAACGUGAAUUAUUACAUUAUUUUAAAUAAUUAAAUAUAUAAUAAAAUAUUUAAUAAUAUUUUUCUACGUACUAUAUGUUAAA